AAACCAAAAUAAUAGAUUAUUUCAUUUGUUUUUUUCAUAAAAAAACUAAAAAAAUGUAAUGGAAAAAAGUGACGUUUUUAAAAAAUGGAUUUCACCAGCCUUUUUAAGGCUGUAUUGUUCCUGUAUAUUGUCAAAGCUCACUUACUCAUUGGCGUUACUGGUUUGGAUCUACAAGGACCAGUGUUUCUUCACGAACCCGCACAUCGUGUUGAAUUCUCAAAUAACUCUGGAGGACUUAUUGAAUGUUCGGGACACGGUAGUCCACCACCAGAGGUCGAAUGGACGCCCAUACCACCACAACAGGACAUGGUGCUACAAACAUCCAAUGGCAGCUUAAUGUUUUAUCCGUUUACAGCUGAAAAAUUUCGUCAUGAAGUACAUUCCAGUGUUUACAGAUGUAAAUUGAGAAAUUUAGUGGGAACGGUAUUAAGUCGGGAGGUUCAUGUUAAAGGCGUUGUUAACCAAAAGUAUACAGUACAAGUGCACGAUGAGUAUGUGAUGGCUGGCAAUACGGCAGUUCUGAAAUGUCAAGUACCCAGUUAUAUGUCAGAAUUUGUUAUGGUCACUGCAUGGGUACAGGAUACGGGCAUGCAUUUGUAUCCCAAUACGGACAUUGGUGGCAAAUAUACAAUACUGUCGAAUGGUGAAUUGUACAUAAAUAAUGCUGGACCAAAUGAUGCAUACAAAAGUUAUACAUGUCGCACGGUCAAUCGUUUAACAGGUGAGGUGCAGGCGUCCACAUAUCCUGGCCGUAUUAUUGUCACCGAACCGAAGGGUAUGGUACAGCCGCGUAUAAAUGUGGAAAAGCAUUCAAUGCGUCAUGUUGUGCUUAAUGGUCAGACAACGUUGCCAUGUAUCGCUCAAGGUCAUCCAGUGCCAACAUACAGAUGGUUUAAGGAAGAAAAUGAACAAUUAUUGCCACUACAAUUAAGUGACCGCAUUACGAUUGUAUCAGCAGGAUUGCUAAAAAUCAGUAAGGCACGUCUCGAUGACACGGGUAAAUAUCUGUGUUGGGUUAAUAACACGGCUGGUGAGGAGACAAUACAAGUCUCAUUAACUGUUACAGCGCCUUUAACAGCCCAUCUUCAGCCACAAGUACAAACAGUAGAUGUUGAUAAAGAUGCACAAUUUCAAUGUAUUGUAACCGGACAUCCGGUGCAUGAUGUAAAUUGGUUACAUGAUGGUAAACCCAUACUAAGAGACAAUCGUGUUGAGAUCCUUUCUGAUCCACCUCGCCUUAUCAUUAAAAAGGUACAAAAAGAUGAUCCCGGCAUGUAUCAGUGUUUUGUAACCAAUGAAUGGGAACAAAUACAGUCAACAGCUGAACUACAAUUGGGUGAUGCUUCACCGGAACUACUUUAUUGGUUUUCUGAACAAACACUGCAGCCUGGGCCAACAGUUUCGCUGAAAUGUGUGGCCACUGGCAAUCCACUGCCGCAAUUUACCUGGACUUUGGACGGAUUUCCGAUACCAGAUAAUUCACGUUUUUUAGUUGGCCAAUAUGUAACGAUACAUGACGAUGUCAUUAGUCAUGUCAAUGUUACAAAUGUCAAGGAAGAAGACGGUGGAGAAUACACCUGUACAGCCCAGAAUGCUAUUGGCAAAGUAUCACAUAGUGCCAAGGUUAACAUUUAUGGUUUACCACAUAUACGUGAAAUGCCUAAAAUAACUGGUAUAUCGGGUCAUGAUUUAAUUGUCAAGUGUCCAGUAGCCGGCUAUCCAAUUGAUAAAAUACACUGGGAAAGAGAUGGCCAAACUUUGCCCAUAAAUCGUCGACAACGAGCUUACAACAAUGGCACUUUAAUCAUAGAACAAUUGCAGAGAUUAGAGGAUGCCGGCACUUAUACGUGUAUGGCACAGAAUAAACAAAAACAGACUUCAAGACGCAAUGUGGAAAUACAAGUACUGGUGCCACCAAAAAUCAUGCCCAUACAAGCCAUGACUAAUAUGCUGAGAGAGGGCAUGCGAGCAGCCAUAUCAUGUCAGAUAUUAGAAGGAGAUUUACCGGUCAGUUUUAGGUGGGAACGUAAUGGUAAACCAUUAAUUGGUACAGGCAAUGAGGUCAUACGACGCUUGGAUGAAUACUCUGCCAGUUUAGUUAUCGAACAUAUCACUUCGGAGCACUCGGGCAAUUACACUUGCAUUGCCCAGAAUGUAGCCGGCACCGAACGUUUCAUGGUGCCUUUGUCAGUUAAUGUGCCACCCAAAUGGAUAUUGGAGCCCAAAGAUGCCAGCGCUCAGGCUAGCGAUGAUGUUUUCCUCCACUGCCAAUCGUCGGGUUACCCGAAGCCCACAAUAACCUGGAAAAAAGCCAUAGGCCCUACGCCCGGCGAAUACAAAGAUUUUAUCUACGAACCCACCGUACAAUUGUUUGCCAAUGGCACCAUACACUUUAAGAAAAUCAGCAAAGAGUCUCAGGGUCAUUUUCUGUGCGAAGCCAAGAAUAAUAUUGGAUCGGGUGUGAGUAAGGUCAUAUUUUUAAAAGUUAAUGUUCCCGCUCACUUUCAAACGAAAUCGAAACAAAUCUCUGUUGCUAAGGGCAAACAAGUUCACAUACAGUGCAACGUUCAAGGUGACAAUCCAAUUGAUAUUCAAUGGAAACUGCAAGCAACACAGCAGACUAUAGAUGAAUCUAUGGAUACAAGAUACACAAUACGUGAUCAGAUACUUGAUGAUGGCAUGGUAUCUGAAUUAGGCAUUACACAUACAUAUCGUCAGGAUACUGGCAUUUAUAUUUGCCAUGCUACAAAUACAUUUGGAGAGGAUGAAAUGACGAUACAAUUAAUUGUACAGGAAGUACCAGAACAGCCGAAGAAUUUGCGCAUCAAUUCGCAACAAUCACGUAGUUUACAAUUGACUUGGAGUCAACCGUUUGCUGGCAAUAGUCCAAUCGAAGAGUAUCAUAUAUUUUAUAAGCAGAUAACUGAUAUUUGGCAAAAUGCCGAACACAUAACCAUCACUGGUUCACAGACGGUUGUCAACAUAGCCAACUUGAAGCCAGCCAAAGCAUAUCAUAUACGUAUGUCAGCCGAAAAUAAAUUGGGUUCAUCGGAAUUCUCUGAAGUUGUACAGGUUACAACACUGGAGGAAGUGCCCUCCGCCCCACCGCUCAAUGUACGGGCGGAAGCAAAAAGUUCAACGGAGAUUGCUGUUUCCUGGGAUGCGCCAGACCGUGACCACUGGAAUGGCAUUCUGUUGGGCUACUACGUGGGCUAUCAAAUGUCUUUAACGCCCGAGGAUAUGGAAAUCAAUCCCACAUUGGGUUUUAGUUUCAAAACCGUUGAGGUACGUUCACACUAUGGCGGUGAGACUGUUUUAAAUAAUCUCAACAAAUACACCGAAUACCAUGUGAUUGUGCAGGCCUACACCAGUCAGGGUAGUGGGCCACCCACCAAGGAAAUUGCUGUACAAACAAUGGAAGAUGUGCCAUCUUCACCACCUGAAAGUCCACAGUGUGAUGUUUUGGGUUCAACAUCCAUUUAUAUAACAUGGUCGCCACCCGAUAUUGAUGGACAAAAUGGCAAAAUUAAAGGCUAUAAAAUAUUCUACAUAUCAACAGAAGACUUGUAUGAAAAAGAUCCCGAGGUUGUGAAAUCCAAUAAUCAAUAUGCCACCAUAGAAAACCUACAUAAAUAUACCAACUAUACCGUAUGGGUGGUGGCCUACACUAAAGUGGGUGAUGGUGUUAAAACCAAACCAUUCUAUUGUCGAACAAAUGAGGAUGUACCAUCUGCACCACAUGCCAUUAAAGCGAUACCAGCUUCAAGUACAAAAAUUAUCAUAUCCUGGUUACCGCCAGAGUUUCCAAAUGGUGAUAUAACCGGUUACACAUUUUACAUGUCCAUGCUGGAGGGAGGACGUGAGGAAGGUACUCAUAAACGUAUUUUGGGACCUUACGUGGAAAUGCAUGAAACGCAACGCACCCAAGAGUCGGCCACUUAUCAGUUCUGGCUGACCGCCUCUACCAAAGUGGGUGAGGGGGAGAAAACGGAAGUCGUUACAGUGCCACCAAAUAAUAAAGUACCUGCUCGCAUAGUGUCAUUUAGCCAGCGUGUUAUAACGCCUUGGAAAGAAAACUUAGAGUUAACGUGCCGUAAAGUGGGCUCUCCAGCUCCAGUGACAAUAUGGCGUUUAGAUGGCCAUAACCUGGAAACAAAUGCCCGCAAAACUAUAGCCAAAAAUGGCACCCUCUACAUACGUGAAACUCAAGCCACCGAUGCGGGCAACUACACUUGCAGUGUAGAGAACACCUGGGGUAAAGAUGAGAUUAUCUACAGUGUUGUGGUUAAAGUGCCGCCCGAGGCUCCCAAUCUCACCGUAGUCACCGCCUAUUCGGAUAGUUUGCUUUUGGAAUGGUCCGACAAUAAUAAUGGCGGCAGCCCCAUAUUGGGCUAUGUUAUCAACUACAAACGCGACAAUGGCGAUUGGGAAGAACUGCAAGUGGAUGCUAAAUCCUAUUCCCAUUUGUUGAGUAAUCUUUGGUGUGGCACUCGCUAUCAAUUGUAUAUAACAGCCUAUAAUAAAAUAGGCACUGGUUUGCCUUGUGACAUUGUGAAUACCCAUACCAAGGGUAAUCCGCCGGUGCAGCCGAAACAUUCACAAAUGAUUACGAAUAAUUCUACUAGUGUUACCUGUUGGUUGGAUUCAUGGGGUGAUGGUGGUUGUGGUAUUUUGUAUUUUAUGAUUGAGUCAAGAAUUUAUGGCAGAUCGACUUGGACGGUUGUCUCGAGCCAUAUACCACCGACGGAACGUAUAUACACGGUUAGUGAUUUGGUACCUGGUACUAAGUAUCAACUUAGAGUAACAGCGCACAAUAAUGCUGGUUCUACGACAGCGGUUUACAAUUUUACUACGCUAAAUCCACAAGGAGUCAUCUACAAUACCGAUUUGAAUGCCAUGUCUCCUAUGACUGACAGUCCUUUUUAUGCCAAUAUUAAAGUAUUACUACCGGUGUGUUUGUCACUAAUCAUGUUACUAGGCCUACUAGGGGCUGUAUUUGUUAUAAGAAGAAAAAAAAUGAGUAACAAUCAAUCUCGCUUGGCAUCCUCAUCAAUGUCGGAAACACCCUCGUUAACCCAACUGCAGAAUAAACAAAAUCGUGAUCAACAAUAUCUGGCCGUGAGAUGUAAUCCAAAUGUGGGGCCACCGCGAGGAUCCAACUCCAAUGAUUCGGGUAGUUUUGGUAAAGCGGAAAGUAAUGAAUAUAUUGAGGAUAUUUGUCCAUAUGCCACAUUUCAAUUGAAUAAACAGCCCUACAGUGAAAGUUCUUACAGUGGUAAUGUGUACAGUGGGCCCUAUCAUUCGGUGAGGGGAUCUUUUGUAUAUCAUGAUGUUAAACCUGAAAGUUAUCAUUCCAAAGAACCGGAAUAUACUAAAGUACGGCGAAAGGUGGGCAGAUUAAGGGAUCCCCAUUCGGAAAGCCAAGAAUCGGAUAAUCCAGGCUCAACAGAUUCUGAAGUUAGGAAAAUCCUAACACUUCACAUACCAAUUACAGAAUAUGACACACUCGGCUCCGAAUCGGAUAAUGAUGUAUCAGCACGAGCUAUGAACUCGGCUAAAUAUAGACCACAACGAGAAACCCAAGAUGAAUCCUCUUCUUCUUCGGAUGCCACACCUACCAGCAUGUCACGCAAAUCCAAACCACCUUUUAGCACCCGUAAAACGGCCAAAACCGGCACCACCAGCAAAAGACACAUACGCUCAUCGAGUGGUUACUCGAGUAAUCAUGAUGAAACCACGUUUAGCAUUGCUAACUUUCCACCCAACUAUCAAGAUCACAUAAAUCCACCUGCUCGUUUUUCCGAUGAAAAAUCAAAAGCCCAGACAUCACCACGCAUACGUGCCAAUUCCAAACUACAACGUGAAACAUUUCAAAUAAAUGUUUAGACCAUAAACAAUUUCUACAAAAUACUUGAAAAAAUAACUGAAUAAAUA